AUGCCGAACUUUCCACAGCUUUGGUUAAUGUUAGCAGAAGAGACACAUUAUACAUCGACUGUGCCGGAAAAAUCACGAAAAUCGAUAGGAAAAAUCGAUCUAAAAUUUUUCUUCUUCGCUGACGAUGUGCAGUACUAUCUAGUCGUUUAGUGUAUCUAGUACUUCGAUUGAAUUUGUUCGAUUUUGGUCGCGGAUGCUGUCGUAAAGAUUGUCGGGCUGCGAGAAGUGGACUUUUAGGGAGCUGGAUUUUGUGGUGUUUUUUUUAACUGGUUUUAGAAAACUGUGCAAAGUGUCGCGACAGGAAGAUUACCUUUUUGGGACUAGUUCUCAGAAACCUGUGAAAAUAUCCAGCAUCAAGACGACUCCCCUACCAGGAGAAGACACCACCGGGGGGUACGGCGUGGGGGGCGCGUGCGGUCUGUUCUCCCACAUGAACAUGGCUGGAUACCUGAAGACACCCGCCGGCCCCCACGGCCACUUCCCGUCGCAUCCCAGCCUCGGUUCGGGACUCACGGGGAUGUCCAUGCCGGGCUUGGGGCCCUUCGGACUCACUCAUCCCCUGGAACCGGUGCCCUUUCCUCAAGGCGUGAAUCCCAGAAAGCAGAGGCGAGAGAGAACGACAUUCACGAGGGCUCAACUCGACGUGUUGGAAUCGCUGUUUGCCAAAACGAGGUAUCCCGACAUCUUCAUGAGGGAGGAAGUAGCCUUAAAGAUUAGUCUUCCGGAGUCCAGGGUGCAAGUUUGGUUCAAGAACCGACGAGCAAAAUGCCGACAACAACUCCAACAACAACAACAGAAAGAAUCCAACAGAACGACGCCUACGCCAGCUAAAUCAAAACCCAGUAAAGUGUCUCCAGUUACAGCUUCAGUACCCACCACAACCGUAGCGCCCCCUCCCAACAUCCCCACACCAACAACAUCAGUGUCUCCUCCAGUGGUUAAUAUUAAGAAAGAGUCCCCUCAAGUUCAACCUUAUAAAAAUAAUGGUAAUUUGACACCUUUAGGCAGCAAUACGUCGAGUGUUAUAACAACACCUUCCCCUCCGAUUACUCCUGGUAGCAAUCCUGGUAGUAACCCUUCAGUGAACGCAGCAUACCACGAAGGUUACAACUCCUUUAACUGGCAUUCCAAUGGUCAUAACUCCUCCCCCCACCACUACUACAGCCAAAGCUACAACCCCGCUUACUACACCCAGAUGGACUACUUUAACCAGCAGAACUCCCAGAACCAGAUGCAGAUGGGGAACCAUAUGGGUGGUACCUACCAAAUGGGCAACUACCCUGGUAUGUCCAUGUCCGCGUCCCACCAUCAGAACUUCAGCCCCAGGCAUCCGACGGACUGCAGUUUGGAUUACAUGAACCAGAUGGUUUAGUCAAAGUACAAACGUAUUUUUCUAUGUUAGGACAAUCGGUAUAUCGUUUAAGUGCAUAUCAGAGAGUGUAUAUAAAUAUUAAUAAAUAUAGUACAAGCUGUAGAGAUAAAGAUGAGCGAUUUUUAGGAUUAAUUGGUGAAUUUCUAGAACCAGCACAACGUGAUGAAGGGCAAUUCCUGGAGUAACCUCCAAGUGCGUGCAACUCCAAAUUGCUUCUUCGUUAUCCAGCCUCAAAAGUCCACCCUCAUUUCCAACCACGUCUAUCCUGCGCCGCUCUCAUCCAGUUUUUAUUUAGCUUUCUUAAAUCGUCAGUCCAUCUUGUAGGCGGUCGACCGACGCUUCUCUUGUCUUCUCUUGGCCUCCAUUCUAAUAACCUCUUUGUCCAUCGCCCAAAUGUCAUUCUGGCUAUGUGUCCUGCCCAUCUCCACUUCAACCUGGCUAUCCUUUCGAUGACGUCAGUCACCUUUGUUCUUCUCCUGAUUUCUUCGUUUCUGAUUUUGUCUCGCAGAGUUAUUCCUAACAUUGACCACUUCAUUCUUCUCUGCGUGACUCUUAGUUUGGUAGCCGAGGCUCUAGUUAAGGUAAGUGUUUCUGAUCCGUACGUCAAGACUGGGAGGACGCACUGAUCAAAUACCUUUCUCUUUAGGUAGUGGGCAACAGUUCAUGAGUCUGGUUAUCCCUGCCAAUCCUAAUUUCAUGUCCCAGGUAUUUAUAUCUAUCUACGAGUUCUAUUUCUUUCCCACCAAUACUGAUGUUCUGGUUGGGUACCAAAUAUGUCAUUAUUUUUGUUUUCGAGAUGUUUAUAUUUAAACCUACAUUUUCUGUAGCCAUAACAACGAGCUCCUGUACCAUAUCUCUUGCCAUACCUAAAUCCUCAGCUACUAUGACAUAUCAUCAACGAAACGUAAGUUGUUUAGGUAUUCUCCAUCUAUUUUUAUUCCCUUUGUCAUCCAAUCCAAAUUCUUGAAAGCAUGUUCUAAGACCGUAUUAAAAAGUUUAGGUGACAUUGGGUCUCCUUGUCUAACCCUCCGCUCUAUUUUUAUGCGAUUACUAUUAGUAUGUAAUUUGACGGUGGUUGUUGCCUGUAAGUAUAUUUUGUAUAAUAAUUUUGUAUACCUAUAAUCUAGCCUGCAUUCUUUAAGCGCCUGUAAUAUGUUGCUAAGCUCAACUGUGUCAAAGGCUUUGUGAAAAUCGAUUAAAACCAGAACUAGAGGUUUAUUGUAUUCCACUACUUUCUCUAUUGCUGGUUAUAAUUUAUUUAUGAUACUUUUAAGGUGUAAAAAACGGUUUUUUUAAUUUGACUUGGAGGUUACUAGUCAUUGCACUUCAUAAUGCUGUGCAAGUUUUAAAAAUUCACUAAUUAAUGUCCAAAAUUGCUAAUUUUUGUCUGUAUAUCUUGGACUAAUAUGCGGGCCUAAAGUUCUGCAGUGUACAAUAAGAAAGAAAUCGAAUCUUUGUAUAUAUUAUUUUAUUUAGCUUUGUCUCUAAAAGGGUUUAACUAAUAAUAAAAAACAUUCAAAAACAUUGCGAUUAUUUUAACUCGAAACCGAAAACUUUUAGUAAAGAUUGUUUCUUAAUGCCUGACAGCUCGCGCAGCUAAAUGUAAUAAGUUAGUAAAUGCUGUUUAAGGCGGUUGCAAAUAGGAGACUAUUAUGAUCUUGGUUAGUGUUUAAGGGUUUAUUAAGAUAGGCAAAAUGCUCUCACUCCCAGAAUUAAAUUUUUCUCAUUUUUUUGUGUUCUAUGUGAUAUAAUACCUUUUUUAGAUGAACUGCAACUAAGUAAUUUAAAAAUUUCAAAAUAUUUACACGCAUAGCUGAGGGUUUUAAAAAACUUAUCUAUUUUUUAUAGACUCGUAGUUUGACUGUACAUAACCUAAAAACAAUUUUUUUUUGAAAAAAGCGUGUACUUAUCUUUUUUCUUUUUUUGUCAGGUAUGUCUCUUAUCUGUACUUAUAUUUUAUUAAAAAAUAUAUUUAUGUUUUUUUUUCAGAUUUUUCCGUAAGGUUCAGAUUUUUUUAAAAACCUGAAAAACUAGUUUUUAGGAGUUUUUGAGGUUUCUCCCAGUUUUUAGAUUUAAAAAUAGAUCUAAUCAAGGUUUCUUUAUAGGUUAUACUAUGUAACUUAAGGUAGCUGAUUUAGAAAAAAACAGUUUUUCAGGUUUUUGAACGUGGCGCACGGAAAAUCUGAAAAAAAAACGGAAAUAAUUUUUUUGAUAAAAUACACAAAAUACAUCAAAAUAGACCUGUAGCUAUCUCCAAAAAAAUUAUACGCUUUUUUCAAAAUAAAAAUUAAUUUUUAGAUUAUGUAUACUCAAACUACAAAAAUAGACAAGUUUUGUAAAAGCCUCAAUUAUGCGUGCGAAUUUUUUGAAAUUUUUAAAUAAUAAAAAAUGACGUUUUUAGAGUGGGGGAAGGAGAAAUUCUGGAACAUUUCAUAUUUAUGAGACACUUACUGUUUAGCUUUACUAUCAAAUUUAAGAAAUGUCUCGAAAAUUUUAAAGAUUUAAGAUCUACAGUUAGAUAAUGCAAAAAUUCUUGCCAUUAAAGAUUUUGAUGUUAUUUUCCCCCUACAUUUUAUUUAGAAUUAGUAGAACAAAAAUAAUUCACUGAUAUGUAACAUAACAUUUUAUAAAUAGGGCACCUUGUAUAUUUAGAUUCGUCUCAUAAUCCCUGUUCUUACAAUAUGAAGUUUUACACUACUAUAAUAUAGAGAUAGAGUAUUUAAUGAGUUAUAACAAUUUUUAUUUCGAUAUCACUAUGAAAUAAGCACCCUGUAGAUAUAUGAAGAAGGAAUAUUCGUUGUACAGCUGGUUCCUAAAAAAACUGAUACGACUCUUAGUAAGAUUUGAUCAUUUUGAGCAGUGUAUGAUUGGUCUGACAUUAUAUUAUAUUUAUUAUGACAGACAAAUAAUAAAAUAAACAAACAAACAGCCAUUUUUUUGAGGUUGAAGUUAUCUGACCAAUUUUAAGAUUUGGCAGUAACAGUAACAGUAUGUAAAUAAUAAGUAUUUAUCCUUCAAAAUAUAAUAAAUUAAAUAUAAUUAAACUCAUAUUCAUUAUAUCACACCUCAUCAAAAGCUUUUUAUAAGAACAUAGUCAGCGAUUUUGAUAUGGCUUAGAGUCAGACUACAUCAAGAUCGCCUAUAAAUCGUGCUGGUAAUUGCCUUGCAGCGAGACCAAAAACAAAAAGAAGAUGAAGAAAAAAGUACACUGCUCAAUUUUCUACAAAAUACGCUUUAAGAGUCGUAUCAGUUUUCUUUGGAACCAGCUGUACAUAAUAAGGUAUAAAUAUGUUCUAGUUUUCAAAUUAGGUUUAACAUAAAUCAUUGACGAAUAUUCUUAUAAAGGGUGAACUACAAAAGAAAAUUACGAUUUUCUCAUGAAUGUAACAAAUAAUGUGAUAUUAAAGAAAUAAGUCUAAAGUAGAUGUUCAAAAUUUUCACCUCCAACGUAUCGUGCGAAAUGAAUCCAGAUAAUAUGUCCUCCUACAAGCUGUAAGGAAAAUUAUUUGGAAAGCGAAAUUCAUAAAGAAGAAAAACAUCAGUAACUGGUUCAAAACAAUAUGGAGCUUUUCCGCGCUUCUGCCGAAAAAAUAAAUAUCGCCAUGGUGAUCGCUAACAUACCAAAAUAAAAAUGGGCAUAACUUGUUACAUACCCUACAUAGUGUACAUAGUAGUGUCAACCUCCAUAUUGCAAAAAACAUAAAUUAUUAGUGGAAUCAGGGUGUCCGAUUCAAAAAAAAUGUUUGAUUAACACGAAGUUAUUUCCACGUCUGGAGAAUGUCAUUGCCUACAUAUAUUUUCUAAAUAACUUUUUUGGAUAUUCUGCACUUUAAUAAAAUUAACGUUAAAUUUUGCACUAAAAACUCACCCUGUAUAUUUACAGAAUGUUAAAAAAAAUCAGAAGGUCACUGGGAUUGCAUGACUGAGAGUUCUUCAAUUGGUGAUUGGUUGUCUCAUCGAUGAAUUAUAUUCGGUAAAUGCCAAAAAUACAUAUUUUUGGUUCUAAGUCAUUUUGAAGAUUUAUUCUUUGAACUUGCUAUGUAUUUCAUUUUUUAUUUAAUGAAUUGUCUUAGCUUUCAGCUGAUUGUGAAUCUAUUGAGUUUUAGCUCUAAAUAUGUUCAAUUUUUAAAUUUAAAUUUAAACUGGUUAAACCCUUUUAGAGUCAAAUUGUUUGAAAAUCCAAGAGAUAUCUACUUUUUGUUGUAAGGUUUACUUAGAAUGUGGCAAUAAACAUGAAAUUAUUAUCAAGAUGAACUGCAGCAUCUGCAGAUUUUGGUAAACAAAUCAAAAAAGUAUUAUUUUUAUAUUCAAUAAUAAAAAAUGCACGGAUCAUUACCGAAAUAUUUUAAUAUUAAUGAGUUUUUAACGAAAAAAUAACAUUAGAUAACAAAUAUGUGAUUUAUAGUAAUAUUAGGAAAUAUUAUUUUCUAAGAAAUUGUGUUUUCGCAUGUCUUAUUUUCUGCCUGAUUAUUACGUGGAUCCUCUUGUAUUCUUUUCUAUCUUUAUUCCUGGCUCUUUUUUUGAUCCACGAGUCUUACAAUUUCUUCGGUAUUCUUUAAUAUAUCUUCCAUUUCCAUUGCCUAGUCCACUGAUAUCUCAACUUCUCAAAAUUGGCAGAGAAGAUGAAAACUCUCCGAGAAAUCCGGAAAAAUCUUAAAAUAGAUAUUUUCCGCAAUUUUCUCGAAAACUACAAUAGCUAAUGGAAAAAUAAUUAAGCCAUCGUGUUUAUUGGGCGAUUUUACAUAAAAAUAGAUGUUUGAAUAUUAAAAAAUAGAUAACUGUGGUAAUAAUUAUAUAGGGUGUCCCAAAAGUAGCGGCACGGUUCCGGGUUCCUAUUUAAGAUUUUAAAGUCCCCCCCCCCUCCAGGGUGUGGAAGGAGUUCGUGUUUGGUGUCAUUCGAUAGAUUUUUGAAAAAUAUUAAAAACGUAUUUUUCAGUUUUUUGAUCCGAUGGACAAGUUUUUGGGACACCCUAUAUAAUUAUUACUAUAUUUAUCUAUUUUUUAAUAUUUAAACAUCUAUUUUUAUGUAAAAUUAUCCAAAAAACACGAUGGCUUAAUUAUUUUUCUGCUAGCUAUUGUAGUUUUCGAGAAAAUUGCGGAAAAUCUAUUUUACGAUUUUUCCGGAUUACCGGCAUUUUCUCGCAAAACUAAUUUCAGAUUCGGAUUCCUGAGGGUCGCAAAAAUGCAUGCAAAAGGAUUUCGUCUUCUCUGCCAAUUUUGAGCAGUUAAGAAUAUUCCAGUGGACUAUGCCCUCCUGUUUUCUCCAGUAGGUAGGUACUUUACCGUUUGGUUGAUGUCAACUUUAUUUAUUUUGAAGUAUUAUUACUAAAGAUGGCAGCACACAUAACAAAGCUUUUUGUCUUCGACCGUUGAUUCAUAUAUUAUAUUGGAUUAUACCCCUAUAAUAUUUCAAUCAACGCUUCUACAUUAAAAACAUGAAUAAUGAAAGAUAGUUAAAUUAUUUUGAACAUAGAUAAACCAAAAUAUGUUGCAGGUGGAAGAUAAAAAAAACACUUUUUGGUACUAGUGCCUGGCUAUUUGCCUAGGAAAUAUUAAGAAGUUAUGUUGGUUGGUCUAUUUUAAAACAAAAUCUGUAUGCUUAUAAUGGACUUGUCUUCUACUCUUUUAUUAUGUGUCUGAGUAUACUGAAGUAUGGUAAUAAAUAAAUCAUUGUUCAGUUUUGAAUUAUCAUAGGAAAUAGAUAAAAGAUUAGUAAAUACCUAACAAUUCUAGUGAUUUUGAUUUAAAACAAAACUCUUUGUGGAUUAGGUAAAAUGACUAAAUAAGCAAUUAACAAAAAAAUUGAUAUUUUUGUUGACCAAACUAAAAGAUUCUCUUGGAUUUUUCAAUUUUUUAUUUCGUCCAUUGUCAUAUACAUAAAUUAAGUCGGUUACCUAGUUGUAUUUUGUCAAAUUAGCAUCUGAAUACAAGUAAAACAGAUUAGAAUUUUUAUUAUUUUGACAAAUAAAAAAGAAAUACUUAUUUUUCUGUGAUUUUCAUUUUAUUUUGUGUAGUUUAUUUUACCCUUACAUCUUACAUCGCCUGUUUUUCUUACAAAUUAAUAUUAGGUGCUACCAUCCCAGUGAAAGCGUAUUUCUAUUACAUAUAUGGAUAUUACAAAUCUACAUAAACCUUCUAAAUACGCAUGCCCGAAAAAAAAAAAUUAAUCUUAAAAUUAUUAUUAACUGCUCUAAUUUUAUACUGAAUUCAAUAUUUAGGGCAUAGGCGCAAAAUGUCGCCUGUCAAAAUGUUCAAUAUAAUUUACUAUGAGGUAUUAUUACUAUCAGGUAUUUUGAUAACGACGUCCGAGAUGAAAGUCGAACGGAGCACACUAGUUCGCUCCCAAGGUCAAAAAACCCUCUUAAUUACAUACUAGUUCGCUCCGAAAACCAUAACCUAGUUCGCUCCCAUGGUUAAGCGGAUUAAGUAUUUAUCUUUUAAGUUCUAGGAAAAUUAAUAUCGGAAAAAUUGGUACUUUGACUUUUGUAUUUUAUAUAGAAAUAAUAUUUUUAUAAAAUAUUGGUUGUUACAUAUUUAUAUAAAUACAUAAUAUGAGACAGUGCAAUUAGAUUAUUUAGAUUUAGCUCAAUAAAUGACCGUUUUAAAGUGCAAUUUUAUUCGUUACGACGGAUUUGCUGGAAAAUCUGGAUUCAGGUUCUACUUACCCUCCACUUCAAAGUUGUACUUGUGCCGUUGGUUGCUUUUACUUGAGGGGUGAAAGCCACCCCUUCUCAUGGGUGAGAAAACGUACAUUUGAAAUAAGUCCAAAAAUGGAUAAAUUGACUAAUUCUAAGGAAUUUUUAUUCUAGAGAGUUUUUUAACUGAGUUAAUAAUUUUCGAGUUAUUUGCGAGUAAAAAUUUUCGGGCGUUUUUUCUCAAAUAACUGAAAAAAAAGUAUUUUGUUGAAAAAAGAAUAUGCUUAGCAAAAAUACAGCUUGUUUAAUUUCGCUGUGUAUCAACUUCAAUGGUUUUUCACACAAAUCGUCCAUUGCCUUCCGCUUAACACCAUUACUGAAUUUUUGCCGGUUUAACCCUGUUUUUAAUAAACUUUCAUGGGUGUGGUUAUCAAUAUAUUCAACUAUACUGUUACAAAUAUAUAAAGUUUUAACAAAUGCUUUGCAACUUCUUUCUACACACUGCCAACGUUAUUAGCAAGUAUUUUAUGGAAGUUAUACUUGUAAUUGUCAAUAAAUGACAUAGACUUGCCCUUUUCGCUUAACAUUUCACUAAUUUCAGAUUUCUCUAUCAUGAACUAAAGACAUUCAAACCGUAUGUAACUAAAGUAUUAAGUUGAGAUUUGCACCACCCCUGUAUCUUAUCAUAAAAUUUCAGGUGACUACUAAUUACCAAUCUUUUCAAAAGAGUAUAUACCUUGCAAUUUCUUAUAGGAAAAAACCCAAUCAAAUUUUGAACAAGGGAAUAUGAGCUCUAACAUCAUACUACUUUAGAGAUACAUAUAUGGUUAUAAUUUUAAUAUAAUUUUAAGUAAGAAGUAGUUUUAUAUUUAGGUAAAUACAAAGUUUCAGAAAUAUUUAUUAAACAUUGUAUUAAUAAAAAUAUCAAAGUACCUGCUUUAUGAAAAAAACAUUGUCUAUAUGAUACGCUGACCCGGCUAUUCAUUAUUAUUCAUUAUGUACCCAGUGAAGGCAUUUUUAAACUAUCUUUUCUAAGAAAUAUAUGGCCGGAGCGAAUUUACCUAUGCCUCUUUUCUAUAGGGUAUUAAAAUCUGACCGCCGGAGCGAACUAGUAUAUGCCCAAGUCGAAACGUAAAUAAAAUUAUUUUUUAAGUUAAAUUGUGGCUUAUUUCCCAGUUAGAAUAGUAAAUUACAUAAAUUCCACAAAAAAUAGCUUCAGAACUGUGUUAAAUAUUCAAUGGGUUUUAAAUGUAUUCAUUUUUUUCGAAUCCUGAGAAAACUAAUAAGUAUUUUUAAAACAUUUAAACUCAGAUUGGAAUAUUACGUUAUUACCGAGGGCCGAAAGUCUCUGAAAAGUCCUAUAAUGUUUAUUUUAUUAAGUUACAGGGGCAAAAAGAAUGGAAAAUUUAGUGUGACUUAUUUCAAAUAUCUCAUUCAAAAGAAAAUUUUUGGUUAUUUUAAGGGACUUUCGGCCCUCGGUAAUAAUGCAAUUCCGCGUUUAAAUUAUUUAAAAAUACUCAAUAGUUUUCUCAGGAUUAGAAAAAAAAUAAUACAUUUAAAACACAUUGAACAUUUUGACAGACGACAUUUUGCGCCUAUGCCCUUAAGUAUUAAAACAACAUUUAGAAAUAAAAACUAUAAAUUCUCCAACUAUUUUAUUCAUGCAAAAACUAGUUCGAGUCCAUCUUGCUGCGCGAAUGCAUUGCAGACAAUAAAUGUCAGUAAUGUCAGAUUUGACAGUUUCGUUCGUAGAUUGACAAGUUUCAAUUUUUUGACAAAUUUCUUGACGGCAAGAAACUUGAUAGAAUAGCCUUGAAAAGAAUAGAUAUUUCUUCCCCUUCUUCCUCAUGUAUCCCACUCCUCCCAUCUUAUUAUUGUGUGAUGGCAAAUACACAAAUGCUCAUAAAUUUUUUAGUUAAGAGUUUCUAAAAAGCAAAUUUUGAUAGAAUUAAGGAAACACAAGCAAAAAGAUAAGACAAAUACAUGGAUUAGAGACAAAACGUACGGUAUAAUGUCAGAAGGGGAAUAGCAAAAUUUGUAAAAGAUGGAAGAUAGAAUAAACUAGUCAUAAGUUAGACCCUUGCGAAAACAGAAAGGGCAAAGAGGACUGCAAAUACGAUUGACGGUCGACCUCUAAAAAUAGAAGAAAUUAAGGAAAACUUAUGUCCAACAGUGGGAGAGUGAAACUGAUAUAAAUAAUUUUUUUGACAGCAAAAGUAGAUAAAAAAGUAGAUGGCAAAAGCUGGAAGUAAAAUCACAAAGCCUGCUACAUGGAGGUUCAACUUGGUUCAACUUAACUUUUUCGUAUAAUAAAUAAGUAGGUACUAUUCUUUUUAUCAGAAAAUUAUGUUCACAACAUUUGCAAAACAGGCGAUGUAAAAAUAAUAGGAUAAGUUUUUCAGUUGGUGUUGGUUAGUUUAGUUAUUUAACUGUAUUUUCCGAAGCGAGGCAGAGUAGAAUAAUUCAAAAUAAAGGGACAUAAGAGAUUGAGAAAAAACAUACUCCAAAUAAAGAUCAAUCAUCUUUGAACAAUGUGAAAUUAACAGUAAUUGCUCCGAUAACGUAUAUGAAGGUUACAGGCAAAGAAUGUGCUAUAUCAAUUUUUUUAGAAGAUGAGUUUCUGGUCCCCUCUGUUAGCCAGAGAUCUCGACUAUCAUUCUAUAAAUUAAUCACCGCUAUGAACGUGUUCAGUCAGGAAUAGUACAUCCCUUCACGAUUUUUGCUCUUUAAGGAACUGCUUGGAUUGUCAUGAAAUUUGCCAUACGCAUAGCUUACAUGUCAAAAAAAAGUGAUAUUGUGCCGAUGUGUGCUUUUGCCCUGGGGGUGACUUUCACCCCCUCUUGGGGAUGAAAAAAUAUAAGUCCAGAAAUGGAUAAACUAGCUAAUUUUAAGUAACUUUUGCUCUUUAGAGCUUUUUCGCCAAGUCAACACUUUUCGAGUUAUUUGUGAGUGAAUAUGUUCAUUUUUCAACAAAAUAACUACAUUCUUAGACGGUUUUUCGCAAAUAACUCAAAAAGUAAGUAUAUUGUCGAAAAAAAACGUUGUUAGCAAAAAUAUAGCCUGUAAAAAAGUAAAAAAAAUGGUGUCCGUGUUAGGUCUCCGGACCUCGUAAAACCAGACUUAUAGUCAAUGAAAAAUAGAUUCAUAUUCACCAAAUUUCAAAUAGAAUACUUCGAAGUGAAAUAUCCAAAAAAUUUAGCACAUUUUGGGGAAAAUCCAUUAUAACUUUUUUAAAGCGUUUAAAAAAGCUUUAUUUCUGUUUUUAUAAAAAGUUUUUAUCAUUAAAUUUAAGAAAGUUACGCUCAAAAUAAAGUUGGUCCCUUUUGUUUUGGCAAAAAAAAAUCGGGAAGACCACCCCCUAAUUAGCAACUUAAAUGAAAUUAAUCGUUACCGUUUCACAAAUUAUUUUAGUUAUGUUCUGCUUAUAUGAUCUGUAAGUUUCAUCGAUUCAAAGUGCUUAUUUUUGAAAAAAUUUGGUUUUAAAGUAAAAUUUUUAAAAAUUUUAAUUUUGAAAAACAUGCCUUUUUUCCAAAAUAACUUAAAAAUUGUUAGAGAUACCAAAAAUCUCGAAAAACAAAAAAGUCGGCAUUGCUUUUCUGAAUAUCAUGUAUUUUUUUGUUUUUCAGUUUUUCAGACAAAAAUUGGUUAAGAUUUGGUGUUUCUAAAGGACAUCGCACACAUCUUAUGGAAAAUAUAAUGUCACUCAAAUUCAAUAAAACUUAUACGAAUAGAUUCGUUUUAAAGUAACGGUCAAAUCUUAUCAUUGCGCCAACUCUUAAUUACGUAUAAUUACGGCGCAAAUUGCAAUUAGAGUUUAUCGAAAUCACAUUUUUUGAGUCAGUAAAGUGUCAGUUACCACCACUAUUGCUCUGGGUGCUAUUCAAAAGAGCUUAAAACCCCCGCUGGGCCUAGUGAAACUAAUCCGCUGAUUUAUGGAGUACCGACAAUUUGGGUGUUUGAAAAUAUUUUUUCUCUCUCUAACUUAUGCACGUACCCAUUUGAUUUCAGAUUUAUUUAUAUCAAUUUCUGCUCUUAUUAUUGAAAAUAUAGAGUUGGCGCAAUGAUAAGAUUUGACCGUUAAUUUAAAACGAAUCUAUUCGUAUAAAUUUUAUUGAAUUUGAGUGACAUUAUAUUUUCCAUAAGAUGUGUGCGAUGUCCUUUGCAUACAUUCGUGAUCAGUGACUCGUUCAACCCCUUUUAACUAUAGCCCUUUCAAAAAUAAGGACUUUGAACCGAUGAAACUUAUAGAUUUAUAAACAAUACAUACACGAGUCACGGAACUUGUGAAGUCGUAACGAUUAAGUUCAUUUGAGAUAGUAAUUAGGGGGCGAUUUUCCCGAUUUUUUUAGCAAAAAAAAGGUACUAACAUAAUUUUGAGCGUAACUUGUUUACUUUUGAUGCUACAAAUUUUUUUUUUUAUAAAACAAAAAUGAAGCUUUUUUUAAACACCUUAAAUAAGUUGUAAUAAGUUUUCCCCGAAAUGUGCUUCAUUUUUGGGUAUUUCACGUUAAAGUAUUCCAUUUGGAAUUUGACGAAUAUGAACCUAUUUUUAAUUAGCUAUAACUAUGCUUCUACUAAGUAUACAGACGUGAUAUAAGAAAUCAUGUAUAUUAUACAUGUGUGUAUAUUAUACACCAUUUUUUUUUAAUUUUUUACAGGUUAUAUUUUUGCUAAAAAUGUUUUUUCGACAAAAUACUUACUAUUUGAGUUAUUUGCAAAAAACCUUCUAAAAGAGUGGUUAUUUUGUUGAAAAAAUGAACAUAUUAACUGGCAAAUAACUCGAAAAAUACAGACUUAGUGAAAAAACUAUAGAACGAAAGUUACUUAGAAUUAGUCCGUUAAUCCAUUUCCGGACAUACUUUGGACGAAUAUUUUUUCACCCUUAAGAGGGGGUGAAAAUCACCCCAGGGCAAAAGCACAUAUCGGCACAAUAUCACUUUUUUUCUUUGACUUGUUAGCUAUGUGUAUGCCAAAUUUCAUGUCAAUCCAAGCGGUUCUUUAAAAUUUAGAGGUUUUGCAAUAUUUUACCGUUAAAGAACGUACUAGAAUAACAACAUAUUAUUUUAAUUUCUCUAGUCAGGCUACGAAGGUGGCCCUGGCGAAAAAAGUGCUGUCAUGUUGUGUACACGUAGGCUGAUGCGAUCGCUGUAAUUCCAGAAAAUUUAAUAAAUAAACGAGUUUUCGUCAGUGCAUAAAUAAUUACAAGCACCAGAGAGUCUUAACUUUUAAAACCAUUUUUCUCGAAACUUAUUAUUUUGACGUAGCACCUUCUUUGUCUGUAGGUACCCUUCAUAAUAUUAUGUACUAUGCCAGCGAGAGCAUGGAGAGGUGUUUACCUUUACAAAAAUUCCUCAAUAUGUUCAUCGCAGUAGUACUUCUACAAGGACGUGGAUGGUGACCUGGAAUGUUUGUGUUUGUGAGUCUUAUACGGUUCUGAACUCAACAUCCAUAUAAUUUUUACGAUUUCAAAUACAACAAAUGUUCAUUUAUAAAUGAACAAGUCUUAUUUACAUUAAUCCUAUUAAGAUUUGUACCUCAGUAUUUACAAACUACUAUAAAAUGGGUAGAUAAAAUAGAUAACACGCUCCUUUGACUUAAACCAGAGUGUUAUCAAAGGUAAGAAAUUGACAAAAUAAAAAUAAUAGUGGGGAAAUUUGACGAUGGUGGAAAAUGUGGACAAGAAGAUUUGUGUGGAAAGAAUACAGCUUUUGCGAAAAAAAAACAGAAAUACUUUUAAAGUACAGCCUAAGCAGCAAUUAAAAGAUAAUAACGUUAUGCCGGUAUAUUUAUAAUCAUUAAAAUGAUUUAAGCUCUAAAUGAAACUGGACUGAAUGUGACACAUUAUAUCUUCCAAAUACUAUUUGAAGCAUAGUAUCGAUCUCGAUAAUACUGUCAAAACAAAUAUAAGUAUACCAAAAAUUCGUUACGCAACAUUUUUUGGUAAUUAAAAAAGUGUGUUUUGUUUUUUAUACAUUUGAAAUAUCUGUUUUUUAAUAAACAAAACUUUCGACAAAUUUGCAGCUGUUGUAACAAUCCUAUUUUGCAAAAUCGAAUCAUUAACAAAUUAUAAAAUGCAUAUUUCUUUGUACAAGGCAUUAUUGCAUUUAGAGACAGGGAGAUUACACAUUUUUCAGACUUUGUUAUAGAAAACUUUCAAGUUUAUUGUUCUCAUUACAUAUUAUGUCAGUUUUCGCUUAUUAUCCUUCUUACUAUAUCUUCUUUUUGCUCUUUGUACACGUCUACAUGUUUUAUUAAUAUUCUUCUAUUAAUGCUUGUUUUAAUGUUGAUGGCAGUGCUUCCAGCGUUUUAUUUUGUUGCACCUUGUCAAAAGUCAUCUGAAGUCAAUUGAGCAAAUUUAUAAUUUAGAUUUAUAUCCCAACACCAUUGUGUCAGUAUUUGGACACCGGACAUGUCUUUUUUUUGUUCUCACGUCGUCCUCUCUUCUAAAUCAACAAUCUGUCAUCCACUGUUGCAUUCAUUGUUUUUUUACUAUGUAUUGUAGUCCUCAUCUAUGGCGUAGCUCGACCUUGUAGACUUUACAAGAUCGAGCAAGAGUCUUUCUAUUGUCAACUCACGUAGCUAUUGUUUAUUUAAUAUUGAACUGAAUUUUUCAUCACAAAAAUCACACAUUCUAUUGGUUAAUACAAAGUUAUUUCCAAGCUUUUAUUUUAUUGAUUAAAUUUAACCUGAAUAUUAAAAAAAACUGCGGGAUAUUCCACAAUCACUCCUGUAAGUUUCCCAGCGAUGUGAAAUAUUGUGUAUUUAAUAAUGUAAUACAAAAAAAAAAACGAUUGAACACCGACUGAAAUAUUUAUCAAACCAAUAUCUACUAAACUACCACCCCUAAAAAUUAUAAAUCAUAAAUAUAAAAUUAUACGUUAUAUAUAAUUUAUCUCUUUUUAACACAAAAAACACGCAUUUCCAUUAUGUACAGCUAUCA